ACCCCGGCUGUACAGCAGAAGAGCAGACACAAAACAUAGCAUUUGGUGUUUGGUGGGUGAGGAAGUCGUGCCCUGAAAGUGGUCCGCUGAAAAAGAUCCGUGUGUGAAGAAAAAUCGAAUUUUCACUGUGAAUACUUGUGCAAAUCAACAUCCCUGCCGUACAGCACCAGGGCGCGUGUAUCCUUUCGUGUUCGCGGGAGGAGUGAGCGAAAGCAGCCCCGUCGUCGUUUUCCCCUCGCUCUCAAGGUGCUGGAGCUCCCGGUGGUGCUCCAGACACAGGAAUCAAUCCACCGCCACCACCACCAAGUGUGUGCGACGGCAUAUUAAAAGCGAAAAAUCCUAGUGUAAGCGCGCGUGUGUGUGUGCGAGCGUAAAAAAAGGACUCUCCGCUGGGCGUAAUCGCACGGCCAACUGCAGCCGGAAGCAUACAGAAAAGGAGUAAAAAAACAGCAACCCAACCCCCAAAGAUGGUGAUGCUGGUUCGCGAGACAUCGCGUACCGUGGCAAUCGCGACCGCGUUGCUCUGCCUAUUAAGUGGCUUCAAUUGUCUCAAUGGAGUGGCCGGCGCAGGCAAGGUGGACGACUCGAAGGGGCCGGUCUUCCUGAAGGAACCAACGAACCGUAUUGAUUUUUCCAACUCGACCGGUGCGGUCGUGGAGUGCAGCGCAACCGGCAACCCGCCCCCGGAAAUGAUCUGGAUCCGCAGCGACGGUACGGCGGUCGGCGAUGUGCCCGGACUGCGGCAGAUCCUGCCGAACGGCAAUCUGGUGUUUCCGCCGUUCCGCGCCGAGGACUACCGGCAGGAGGUGCACGCCCAGGUGUACGCCUGCAUGGCUAAGAACCAGUUCGGGUCGGUGAUUUCGCGCGACGUCAACGUACGGGCCGUGGUCCAGCAGUACUACGACUCGGAGGUGAACAAUGCGUACGUGAUUCGCGGCAACUCGGCCAUACUGAAAUGCUCGAUACCGUCGUUUGUGGCGGACUUUGUUGCGGUCGUGUCGUGGAACGAUGAUGCCGGCAAUGUCUAUCAACAGCUCGACAACCGCACCGUCCAGUCAGCCGAGCUGGAAGUUGACGGUAAAUACAUGGUGCUACCCUCCGGUGAGCUGCACAUCCGCGAAGUGGGACCCGAAGACGGCUACAAGAGCUACCAGUGCCGCACCAAGCAUCGGCUGACCGGUGAAACGCGCCUAUCCGCCACCAAGGGACGACUGGUCAUCACAGAACCACUUGGCAGGGUGUCUCCCAAGCUAGACUCCACGUCCAAGAUCGUGACGGCCGAAGUGAGGCGUAGUAAUACGAUCGCCCUGCUUUGCUCAGCGCAGGGCUACCCGAUAGCAGUGUUUAGAUGGUACAAAUACAUCGAAGGAACUCAGCAAAAGAAGGCCGUCGUGCUGGACGAUCGUGUCAAGCAGGUGUCGGGAACGCUCAUCAUUAAGGACGCUGUCGUGGACGACUCGGGCAAGUACCUGUGCGUGGUGAACAAUUCCGUCGGUGGCGAAAGUGUGGAAACCGUCCUGACCGUGACGGCACCGCUGGCAGCAAAGAUUGAACCACGCACGCAAACGGUAGACUUUGGCCGACCGGCCGUGUUUACGUGCAAGUUCUCGGGCAACCCGAUCAAAACCGUGUCGUGGAUGAAGGAUGGCAAGUCGCUCGGCCACAGCGAUGCGGUCCUGCGCAUCGAGUCCGUCAAGAAGGAGGAUAAGGGCAUGUACCAGUGUUUCAUUCGCAACGAUCAGGAAAGUGCACAGGCUAGCGCCGAACUCAAGCUGGGUGGACGCUUUGACCCACCGAUCAUUCGUGAGGCAUUCCCGGAGGAAACGCGUCACCCAGGACCGUCUGUGUUUCUGAAGUGUGUUGCCGGCGGUAACCCAACGCCCGAAAUCAGCUGGGAGCUGGAUGGAAAGAAGAUCACCAACAGCGAACGCUACCAAGUCGGACAGUACGUGACGGUGAAUGGAGACGUUGUGUCGCAUCUGAACAUUACCUCGAUCCACUCGAACGACGGUGGCCUGUACAAGUGUAUGGCAAGCAGCAAGGUCGGUGUGGCUGAACAUUCCGCCAAGCUGAACGUGUACGGUCUGCCGUACGUGCGAACGAUGGAAAAGAAGGCGAUCGUUGCGGGCGAAACGCUGAUUGUCACCUGCCCGGUAGCCGGUUAUCCAAUUGAAUCCAUCGUAUGGGAACGAGACAACCGACAGCUGCCGAUCAACCGCAAGCAGAAGGUAUUCCCGAACGGAACACUCAUCAUCGAAAAUGUCGAACGAAACUCGGACCAAGCCACAUACACCUGUGUCGCGAAGAACUCGGAAGGCUACACGGCACGCGGUACACUGGAAGUGCAAGUAAUGGUGCCACCGAAAAUUCUACCCUUUAGCUUCGGUGCCGAUCCGAUGAACUAUGGCGAAUCGGCCUCAAUACAGUGCAGCGUCAUCUCGGGUGACUUUCCGAUGACGAUCGAUUGGCUGUAUGAGGGGCGCGCGAUCAGUACGAUCGACAGUCUGCAUGGGAUAACGGCGCUGGCGUUUGGGAAGCGUGCCAAAGCGCUCAGCAUUGAUGGGAUUGCGGGCAGUCAUGCGGGCAACUACACCUGUCGUGCCACCAAUGCUGCCGGUGUUGCCGAACAUACAGAGCAGUUGAUUGUGAACGUACCUCCGAGAUGGAUUCUUGAACCAACUGACAAGGCUUUCGCUCAGGGAUCAAACGCCAAGGUCGAAUGUAAAGCCGAUGGUUUCCCGAAGCCGCAGGUCACCUGGAAGAAAGCAGUGGGAGAUACUCCCGGAGAGUACAAGGACCUGCGAUCGAACGACUCAAGCAUCCGUGUUGAGGAAGGCUCGCUUUUCAUUCAGAACAUCCAAAAAUCGAACGAAGGCUACUACCUGUGCGAAGCAAUUAACGGCAUCGGCUCGGGACUGAGCGCUGUCACACUGAUCACGGUUCAAGCGCCGCCAGAGUUUGUCGAGAAGCUACGCAACCAAACCGCCCGCCGUGGUGAACCGUCCGUACUGCAGUGUGAAGCGAAGGGUGAGAAACCAAUUGGCAUCCUGUGGAACAUGAACAACAUUCGCCUGGACCCAAAGUCCGACAACCGGUACACGAUUCGCGAGGAAAUUCUACCCAACGGUGUCACCUCCAGCCUGUCGAUCAAGCGCACGGAGCGUAGCGAUUCGGCACUGUUCACCUGCAUGGCCACGAACGCGUUCGGUAGCGACGACACGAGCAUCAACAUGAUCAUUCAGGAAGUGCCAGAGAUGCCGUACGCACUGAAGGUGCUGGACAAAUCGGGCCGCACCGUGCAGCUGAGCUGGGCCAAACCGUACGAUGGAAACUCACCGCUGAAGCGCUAUAUCAUCGAGUUCAAGCGGUCGCGCGGCUCGUGGGAAAACGAUAUCGAUCGGGUGAUUGUGCCGGGUGACACGAACGAGGCGCAGGUACAGAAGCUAAGCCCGGCCACCACGUACAACAUUCGCAUCGUGGCGGAGAACGAAAUCGGUGUGUCGGAUCCGUCGGAUGUGGUAACGAUCAUUACGGCGGAAGAGGCACCGUCCGGCAAGCCGCAGGCAAUCAAGGUGGAAGCGAUCAAUCAGGCGACACUGCGCGUUAGCUGGAAGGCACCGCCGCGCGCCGAAUGGAACGGUGACAUUCUGGGAUACUAUGUGGGAUACAAGCAGACAUCGCUGAACACGUUGUACGUGUACGAAACGGUCAACUACUCGCCGGAAGGUGGAGAAGGCAAGGAGCACAGUCUGGAGAUCAACAAUCUGAAAACGUACACGCAGUAUUCGAUCGUGAUUCAGGCGUUUAACAAGGUUGGCGCUGGUCCGAUGAGUGACGAAGAGAAGCAGUACACGGCAGAAGGAACGCCUGAUCAGCCACCAAGCGACACGAUGUGCACCACGCUAACCUCGCAGACGAUUCGCGUGUCCUGGGUAAGCCCACCGCUAGAAUCGGCCAACGGUGUCAUCAAGGGAUACAAGGUGGUGUACGCACCGAGCGAUCUGUGGAACAACGACAAGAACAAGGACUACAAGAAGACGGCCUCGAGCGAUACGGUGCUGCACGGGCUGAAGAAGUACACCAACUACACGAUGCAGGUGCUGGCGACCACUUCGGGCGGCGACGGUGUGCGCAGUGCGCCGAUCCACUGUCAAACGGAACAGGACGUGCCGGAAGCACCGACCGCAGUGAAGGCGCUGGUCAUGUCGGAAGGAUCGAUUUUCGUUUCGUGGCAACCACCGGCACAGCCCAACGGAUUGAUUCUGCAGUACACCGUGUACAUCAAGAGCGGCGAUCAGGAACCGAAGAGCUUCAAGGUACCGUCGUACCAAAUCAACUACGAAGCGUCCGGGCUGGAGAAGAAUCAAAAGUACGAAUUCUGGGUAACGGCAUCCACCACGAUCGGGGAGGGUCAGUCCUCGAAAACGCUUUCCGCCAUGCCGAGCGAUAAGGUCCCGGCCAAGAUUGCAUCGUUCGAUGACAAGUUUACCGCUACAUUCAAGGAGGACGCUAAGCUGCCAUGCCUGGCCGUGGGAUCUCCGGCGCCGGAAAUUACCUGGAAGAUCAAGGGCGUAGAGUUUGUGCCAAACGAACGCAUCCGUCAGCUGCCGGAAGGUUCGCUGUUCAUCAAGGACGUCAUUCGACAGGAUGCGGGUGAUUACACUUGUACGGCGGAGAAUUCCAUCGCUAAGGAUUCGAUUACGCACCGACUGAUUGUGCUGGCGCCACCACAAUCGCCCCAGCUUACGCUUACCGCAACGACGACCGAUUCGCUCUCGGUGAAGCUGAAACCGCACGAAUCGGACACUGCCCCGCUGCAGGGCUACACGCUGCACUACAAGCCCGAGUUCGGCGAAUGGGAAACGAUCGAUGUGGCGCUGGAAGCACCGAAGUACACGAUCGAAAAGCUGUACUGUGGCUCACGCUAUCAGGUGUACGCGACCGCGUACAACUCGAUCGGUGCCGGUGAACCGUCCGACAUACUGAACACGCGCACGAAGGGCUCGAAACCGUUGCUGCCGGAGAAGUCUCGCUUUAUUGAAGUUUCGUCCAACUCCAUUACGCUGCAUCUGCCCGCGUGGAAGGAUGGUGGCUGCCGCAUGUCGCACUUUGUCGUUGAACACAAGAAGAAGGAUCAAAUUGACUGGAACCAGAUCUCGAACAACGUCAAGCCGGGUGGUAACUUUGUGGUGCUGGAUUUGGAACCGGCCACCUGGUACAAUCUUCGCGUGACCGCUCACAAUAACGCUGGAUUUACUGUAGCGGAGUAUGAGUUCGCUACUCUCACCAUUACCGGAGGAACGGUUGCGCCCAUCUUCGGCUCUGUACAGCCCGGUACUAUCUACCCGCCGUGGAUUCCGCACUGGAUCGAUCUGAACGUGAUGGUACCACUGAUCGCAACCGUGAUCGUGGUGGCGGUAGGCGUACUAGUGAUCUGUGUAGCCAUUUCCCGGCGCCGAGACGACGAUCCCCGAUGCGGACCGAAGGAUGUAUACUACGAUGUCGUGUACAAUCAGUCGAUGGGACCGGCGGGAGCCGCCACACUGGACAAGCGACGACCGGACAUCCGCGAUGAGCUGGGUUACAUUGCACCGCCGAACCGCAAGCUGCCACCGGUACCGGGCUCAAACUACAACACCUGCGACCGAGUUAAGCGCGGAACUGUCAUAAGCCAUAAUCCUUCCAUAAAAUCCAACCAUACCACUUGGGACCCGCGCCGUCCGUUGUACGAAGAACUGAAGAAAGCGCCGCCACCACUGCCCAGACGCUUCAACCAUCCGCCGGCGUGCUAUGGCAUGGAAGAUGAGAUCUGCCCGUACGCCACGUUCCAUCUGCUUGGAUUCCGGGAGGAGAUGGACCCGACCAAGGCGAUGAACUUCCAAACCUUCCCGCACCAGAACGGUAUGGGCGGCCCGGGACACAUGGGAACGAUGGGAUCGAGCAUGGCGAUGCAGGUGCCCAGCCACGUCCACUCGCGGUCCGGCUCGCAGUCGAUGCCACGCCAGAAUCGCUAUGCCCGCAAGAACAGCCAGGGCGGCCAGAGCAGCAUCUACACCCCGGCACCGGAGUAUGACGAUCCGGCCAACUGCGCGGAGGAAGAUCAAUACCGACGUUACACACGCAUCAACUCGCAGGGCGGCUCGCUGUACUGUGGCCCCGGACCCGAAUACGACGAUCCGGCCAACUGUGCUCCGGAGGAUGACCAGUACGGUUCGCAGUACGGUGGCAACUAUGGCACACCGUACGAGCACUACGGCUCGCGGGGAUCGGUCGGACGCCGUAGCGUUGGCUCGCCGGAACCGCCACCACCGCCACCACGCAACCACGAUACGAGCAACUCGUCCUUCAACGACUCCAAGGAAAGCAACGAAAUCUCCGAAGCCGAGUGCGAUCGCGACAAUGGGCCGCGCGGAAACUAUGGAGAACCGUCUGAGGCUUCAUCGAAAUCCAACGAUGCUAUUAAUGGUGACGAAACAGAGAAGUUGUUGAAAAGAAACGAAGUCAAACCCAAGUACACCAAACAAACAGCAGCCUCCGGUAGCACAGGACUCACAGCCUACGAUACUAUGGCAGUGUAAUCUGUAAGCCCGCCCUGUGAACGCACGCGUGAAGGCAUAACGCUUCUUCACACCUUCGUCAGCCAGCCAAGCAACAAUUGAUGGAAGGUAAAAGAGACCGAAGCAAACAUCUGUAGUGUGAAGAUUGCUGUACCAUCCUAGGAGAAGUGUAUGAUGAUGAUGAUAAAAACGAUACGGUAAUCUACGUAUCAACACGGUGACGUUUUUGUCAAGCAGAACGAGUCAGGGGCAGAACGCACGAAUUUAGCGCAUUUACGUUAAUUUAUAUACAUAUAUCAGGAAAAAAGCCCACUUUUAACGUGCUAAAACUCCCCAAACUCCCCCGUCAGUCAGUCAGUUAGUCAGUUAUUGAAGAAAAACUUUCACCGUGUAUUCGUGCAUUGUAUAUGUGUCCUGUGUACUGUGUCCUAUAUACGUUCUGGUAAGUGUGGUUUUUACGCAAACGAUCACCAAAAAACCAAAAAAAAAAAAGGAAACCACCGCCAUUACAGACUUACCACCAAGCGAACGAGUAAUUGGCUGACACGAUGUGGUACGUUUUUUUAUUGUGCAUAUUUUAUUAGGUGAUAUGACUACUCUUAUUAGAAACAAGCCCACACUUUGCUUCGCAUUUGAUAUUAAUAUUCAUGAGUUAGAAAGGAAAGCCAAAUAGUGGUGAAGCAGCAGAGGUGUUUUUGUUUCGGUAUAAGUUAGAGUUAUUUAAAAACUCCCCAACUACAACAGUGCGCACACAGAUUGAGCCACCAAGGCCGAAGGAUAGAGCAGAAAAUGAGGGGGAAACUGUGUGAAGUCUUUAACACUUUUACGACUAUCUGUAGUAACUAGUAUUUAAUCCCUUCCUCCUAGACCUCCAUACCCUAUGCGGCGAAGGAUAUGCAUGUAAACAAAAAGCAAAAGAAAAUUGACUUAAUUUUUAAAUUUCACACUAGCGUGACGGUAUACCAGUGCGGUGGUAUAGCAGUAAUUUAAUGAUAGACAUGUGUUUCAUGUGUCUACGUAAUUCGUUUAAACGUUUUUUAACAACUUUCUUCCAUUCUGGUAAUGAGAAUGAAACACUUUUUUUUAUAAAGAUCGUAUUUUUACCCCAAAUUGAUGAUACAUUCGCACGAUUAGGAGGAAUGCUACAUUGAUUGCUUCCUGAUUCUUGAUAUAAAGACUUGAAAGACUCAACAUCCGAACGCGCAUGCAUUGAAUUUAGCUCCUCCGCACACCCGUAAUGAUAAACUUUGCAAAUUAUUAACCGAUGCAUCACUACUACUGUCCAGGGAAAAUAGCGUUAGGAAGAGCAAUUUGUAAUGUAUUACGAGAGUUUUGAGCACUGUAUUGGAUACGAAAUAGGUAAGAGUAACAGUGGAGGCCCAAAACAUUGGAGAAAAACACAUGCGUGGCGAAAACGUUGUACGAAUUGUUCCGUCGUGAAAAGGGGAAAAGGCUGCUGCUGGAAUAAUUAUUUUAAAAUUCAGUUUGCACCAUGGCACACACUACCGGGGAAUGAGAGUAUUCAACUGGGAGAGUAGCAAUAACGCAGCACGGAUAAGAGAGAAAACCUCUACCUUCGUUUAAGUGUCUACUGUCUGUUGUUACCUUUCUAGCCAUUCACGCUUAAACUAGACAUCGACUACACCGCUUUUUCUUCUUUAGUAAGGAAAGCAUUCUAAACCUUCGCGUAAUAAGCAGAGUACGAGCAAAAGUGCACACCCAAAAUCGACACUCUAGGUAGCUAGGUUUUUAAACAAAUUGACGACGGCUCUUACAAACGGCGCGGAGGUUCGUCGCUUUUGCGGACGGUUAAAUUUGUGUGUUUAACGCGAUCACGCGAUCGCGAUGACGCACGCGCUGAGAGAGCCGUCGGUUUUGCUCAAUCUAUUGCGAAUGACUUAUUGGGUUUUUUCCUUAAGGCUCACUUUGCACACACAGACACACUUUUUACCGUACGUGAUAGUUUUUGCUCUCUUGCGGUAUGUGUCCGUAUUUCCCGUUCUUUUUCGUGAGAGAUUCUGUGAGCUCUUUUCCAUACCAAAAGAGGUAACAUCUAGUAGAAGUGUAUGGCGUGCCCCGGUAGAAACAGUAUGUGUAAAUGAUCUUUCUGUGUCCGUCUUUGCUGUGUGUGUGUGAAUCGAUUUUGAAGAAUUUUAUUUACCCGUUUGAUAUGCGAACUGUUCACGCCGUUAACACAGUGAGAACACACCCACCUAGAAAGCCGCUUUGAAUCGUUUUUCGCCAACAGAGAGAAUGUUUUUACUAUCUCUUUCUCUGCCUCGUCUGCAGUUGUUUUAUUUAGAAUGUCGUGCGAGACAUCCAAGCGGUGGGAAGUGCUUGCUAAAAACGCUACCAAAGUGUUUGGAUUUUCUGUAGCGAACGAAAGCAUCCAAAAUGGCUAGUAAAGUGAAAGUGUAGUGUAUCAUCGUCUCUUACCCUCCCCAAGUACAUGUGUCCGUGUGUUUACCUCCGCUUAUUAAACUAAAACCAAUAUCAGUGUGCAAGUAAAUAAUGCAGUUACAGCAAAGAAAAUAGUAAACUCUUAGACAUUACUACUCCUCGUCCCAAUAACCAAUUCAGCCCACAAACACAAGUAAACCACUCGUAAGCAAAAAAAAAAAAGAUAAAUUGAUAAGAAAGUUUAAACCAAAAGCUAGUAAUGGCAGUAGUGCGUAAAUGAUAACCCACAGAACAGACACACAUAUACAACAAACAAACAAACAAAACCGUACGCAAGGUGCAUAAAAGUUCGAUUAUAGGAGCGAGGAAUGGGUUUGCGGUACAAACAGGUUGAUGAAGCUAAAUGAAUUUAAUGUUUUUUCUUCCCUUGUAUAAUGUUCACAUUACCUUUCGAGGUAAUUGAUCCUCUGACUCACAUUGAUUCACAUCGGUAACAGUUUACAUUCGUGUGCGGAACAAAAAACAGUGAAAAGAAAAACAAAACAAAAUCAGCUUCUAGUCAUUUUCUUCCAGCAUUGGUCAAAAUUAGCCGUUAACAAAAUGACAUUUAUCAAUGUUCGUAUUAUUUCCGGAGCGUUUAUGAAGCAAUGCUUAAUUAAGAGCUAUUUCAGCCACUGUGCCAUACUAAUUUUGAGUAGUGUUUUCGUAUUGCGCAUAACCAUAACCAGCAAUCGAUCAGCGAGACUCAGUUGCUCUACUAGUACCGGAUCUCCUCAACCACAACCAAACUGCAAAAAAUAAUUGAAAAUUGUUACUUGUGUUACGCAUAUAACGGACAAAAAAGGAAAUUUAAUCAAAAUUAAUGCAACAAUUGUUGUACAAAAAACCAAAUAAUAGAUCAUGAUGAUGAUUGAUGGUUGAAAGGAUGGAUGGAUAAUGAGGAUGAUAAGUGAGGGCAUGCUUUUCGUACCAUAUAAUAAUAUUUAGAGGACGUAAGAAUAGGCAAAAGAAGAAAAAACACACACACAUACAGAGAAAAUGACAUUUAUUUACACUGUUUGGGCAACUGAAAUGACAAAUUAGGCCACAAUUCUGAUUUGUCGUAAAAAUGAAACAGAAAGCUAUAGUUUAAUUAAAGUAAAUCAUUUUCAGUGUCGCUUUUAUUCCCUUUCUAAAGUGUCACAUUUGGAUCAGCUUUUUCCCUACAUAAAUAGUACCGAUAAUAAUCUUUAGACGGCCCCAGGUAUCUCUAAUGUCGUAAUGUGUCACUCAAACUCAAACAAAAAAAAAAGAAUUCUUGGACUAAAAUUUAAAACAGCUCUGUAGUAUAAUCCUUAUACGAUAAGCUCGCAAAAAAAAACAUCACGUAAUCAAUGUAAUCACUUAUUGGAAAAGGUGUGUGAAACUAACGUUUAAGAAAUGUUCUGAAAAGCUCUGGUUCAAUGGUUGGCGGCGUUCGGUUUUGCGAAAGAAAACAUCACCCCAAACAGGCAAACAAAACGAAAGAAUGGAACGGUGAACCACGACACGAACAAAAACUAAAUGAAACAAAUAUACGAACAAUCACCGUUCAUUAAGGAAACAACAACAACAAAAAACACAUAAUUUCAGUAACAUUACCCAUUAAAUAUAGGGUGGAUUGCUAAUAAUUGCUUGCUUGAUAUUCGUCAAACACAGGAAAUAGGCGUGUAUGUGUAGGGCACGUGGAAAGAAGUAGUAAUAGAAAACGCAAACAGAAAACGAACGAAAAAUUGUGAAAGGAUGAAAAGAAGGGAAUGCGAAAAAUCAAUUCCCCUUUGCAAAAGAGCCAGAAAAAAGCCGAACACAGAGAGCAAAGAUAUGGAGAAAAAGGUACGGAGAAUGACGGAGUUCACUAAUAAGCAUAUACUCUUUAAAUUUAAAUAAUAUACUAGCAACUUAAGUAAUAAGCUAACUAAUGAAACAAGAUCAGAAGAACAACAAACAAACAAACAAGCAGCCAAAAUCAACUACUACUACUACCACACGACAACAAACAACAAGAAGUAAAAACAAACACAAUACAGAACAAUUUGCAAAAAAAAAGACACAACAAACAACUAUAAUGCAAACUAUAAUGCAAAACUACGCAGAACUUUUCAGAACUACUCAAAUUAUUACCAAAACGAAACGUAAAAAAGGAAACAAAAAUUACAUACACAAACAACACUCCCAAACGAAAAACUAAAAAUAAAAAUAGUAAAAUAAACAAAAAAAGACAAGAACUAGUUUUUCUUUA